AUGGGCUCCAUAGGACCGUAUGCUAACCCGGAGGUUAGCAUGACUUCGGUUCCCUAUGGGAUGGAGGGGGGCGGGGUCUCCCAGCCCAAAAGUCUCACCCACGUUUAUCCAGACCAGAUCCCGUCUCAGAGUCAGGUCUUGUUUCAGAGGGGGCAGUUCGGGGGUUUUCCGGUGAACCAGGUGAGAACUGAGAUUAUAAACCUAAAACACUUUCCAUUUCUGGGAACCCAACGGUCUCCGCCCCCUUCCUCAGGUGGAGAACCACAAACAGCUCCUCCUCCUCCUCCUCCUCCUCCUCUUCUGUCUUUCUCAGCAGGAGACCGUGAGCCUCCGCCUGCAGCUGCGUACCUGUGUGGGAUCACCUGUGCUGACUUGUAUCAGAGGUGAAUUAAUGACAGAGGACCGUCCGAUCCGCAGCUUCAAACCACGACGACGUCACCUCGCCGCGGGGUUUCACAGGAAGCUGUGUGUCAGUUAG